CGGUUGUUUUGGGCUGCUGAAUCUUAAUACAACUGAAGCGUACGUUUUCGGAGGUCCUGUUAGGGCGCCAUGGCUGCUUCUAGUAGCGGUGGAAGGCGCAAAGCAACGGUCCGGUACUAUGAUGAUUACCCGGGAGGUAAGGUGUUGGUGACGUGGACUGUUCGGUCUGAAGGUGUGUAAGAAGUCCUGAUUGCUGGUGCAGGUUCGGAGGGGCGGGCAAGGCGUAUUGGCCUUGCACGUUGUGUGGCGUUCAAGGCGGCCAAGGUUGUCAGUCUAGGCAUUGGAGUCGGCAUUCUCACAGCCAUCCUGAUGGCUUACGCAGCUUGGUUGCGUCCGCAUGGAAUGUCGGCAUCGGGACAUGUGUUGGGCAGCGUUAGCAAAGCUUGUAACAUGACGAUGUCAAGAAUGACAGGUAGGACCAUACUGCUUACUGCUGUUAGGCAGUGUGCAAACGUGUGUCCUUGCUAGCAAUAGUUGUCAUCAGGCAUUCAACCAAGUGCAGGGCAUACAGCAACGGCAACCAAUAUGGUUAUUCAAAGUGACUUGUUAAGGACAUAAGAACUGUUAUGCGAUAUUGCUACUUUAAGCGCCGCUUGUUGUUGGCACGAUGUGUCGAAGAUGUGGUGGGCGACCAGAGCAUAGUUUGACGCGCACACAGGACUCCGGGGGCUCCGCCCAAAAACGUAGUACGCAGCUCAGAUGAUGUACCCUGUCUGCGCAAUCCUACGACUUCUCAUGCUAGUGAUCACGCUAGGAAGCAAUGCCUGGUCCUCCAUGCCCAUGAUAGACAUCAUAUCAGCAUCUCGUGAGACACCACUUUCCCAUAUCUUUUCUCGCAAAUCAUCGUAAGCGGGACAUUCAAUGAGGAAAUCCUAGAAGUUGCAUGGGCUCCUCGUUCGUACAUUAUCCUAAGUAAAGGGCCAGAUAAGAUAAGGCGUCCCUACCUGAACCCAAGCGUGGAAUUUACAGAGUUAAUCCUAUGUAGAACACGUGCACCAUUGCAGCACAACACGGGCAGGUUGUUGGAAGGUAUUCUGUGAGAAUACCUUGUCCAGGGAGAACAAUUGUCAUCAGCUGGUCUGUCCUCACCAGGGUGCAUCCACGCUCUGCCUAGUUGCCUGUCGUGCUCAUUUCACCCCCUCUUUCCAAGCAUUAGGAAGGAAUGCCUCACAUGGUUUAAGAUGCACACUAGCUAAGGGGAGCCCAUGUCAUGAGGUGUUUGAAUGUGGGGUGUGGCUACUCUCUGGCAAGCCGCUUCGCGGCGGGGGCUCCGCCCAAAAAAGUGGCGAGAAGCUGGAUGUCCAACAGUCGCUGUGAGGGAAACCAAACGCCGUGGAACGCCUCAACGGUGCAACCGUCACUUCGUUUGCCCGUAUUCGCGGCAGUCACGUCUGUACGGGGGACAAGAAGGGAACGUCAUGUAUCACAAGCUUUGGCGCCUAUACAUUUCGGACAAUACAUAUUGAAGACACGCUACCGUUGAAGAGCUUUACAGAUAAGGAGCAAACAGCCACCCGCCGUCAGCCCAAAGAUUGCCCUCCACGCUUCGGACUUUCUGUUGACCUUUGCUGGGGCCGGUCGACAGAGGUGGCAGGGAGCUUCCCCAGAAGAUCUAUUCCCUGACAUCCCUUGGUGUGUACCGGUAGCUGUAGCCCUAUCCCGUUCGAUGUAUGCCUAGCCUUAUCCACUCGGGUUGUAUUAUGUACCGGUACAAGGAACAUUGUCCAAGUGUUUAGCUACCUGUCAAUGGUUUCCUUAUACUAUCUGUAGCCGGUUGCGCUUUGCUUUUUUGCACAUACAAGUAAGCGCUGUGUCGCGCAUGGCGAUGGAUGGUGGAUGGAUGCUUCAGUUUUUAACAGCAGGAAGUCAAUCCAGAGCAGUCUGUUCGGUUUUUGACAGUCAAAGUCGGUUGCAGACUUCAGGGCCCCAUACAGUGCCAAGUGCUGCUGCUGUAAUGCAUGGCUUAUCUAUGGCGCUAUGGCGGGGAUAGUAAAGGUACUGUCAUUGCUAAGGAUAAAUACAAAGCUCUUCAGUUACAAAUAAUAAUCAAUUUCGCCCAUGAGGCACUGUAAAAAGCUGACCACCGUCGUCAACCGGCGAUUCGUACAUCUGUUGAAGAAGGGUUUUCUCAGCACGGUCGCCGAAGCACUGGAUGUACCUACAAUGCAGCCUUAGAACGUGGCAUCUAUGAUGGCGCCCCCUCGGCGCCUCAACAGGACGCGGCAGUUCCUUGCAGUUCUGCGCAAGAAUUUCAUCUUGCAGACUCGCGGGAGGAGAAGCUUUCUAGGAAUUGGAGGAUGGGCCGGCCUUCUAAUUCAGUUGCUGCUGCCGGUGGCUUUUUUCUUCGUCAUGUAUCUCCCCAAGUACUACAUAAAGCCCAUACGGCACACCGAAGCCCUGGGACCCGCUCCCGUGCAACUGGAAUCCAGGUCGUGGUCUGAUCCCUACGAUGGCCCCGCCACUCUCCCCUCCCACGGCGGUCGCGCCCGCCUGCUGCUCUCCCCCGCCUCCUCCCCCGCCGUACAAUCCCUGUCACGAGUGCUGGCGCGCGGCCUGGCCUGCCCCCGCUCGCCCGCCCUGCGCGUGUGCCCGCUGCCCAACCUGCCCACCAACUUCCACUGCCUGUUCAUGCCCCCGCUGGGGCCGCGGCAGCGUGGUGCUGGGGAAGACAUGCGUGGUGGGAUGCGGCAUGGUGGUGAGGGUGAGGACACGUGGCAUGGUGGGUUUGAUGAUGGUGAUGGUGAGGGUGAGGGUGGAGACGUGGGGCACUCUGCAGCAGCGACAGCAGCAUUGGAGGCGGCAGCGGCUGCAGUGAAGGCAGCUGGUAAGGCAGCAGCAGUGGCUGGGGACAGCGCCGCAGUGUUGGGAGCGGAUAUCGAGUACUGGGAGCUGGGGGCUGGAGACCCACGGGUCGUUUACGACGACAGCGGGGUUGCAGGAGGCAAGGGAGGGGGCGGCGGAGGAGAAGGCAGCAGCGGCGGUGGACAAAGGGAAGGGGAAGGAAACGAGGUCGUGCGGCAGCAGCAGCAGUUGCUGCUGCGGCAGCGGUGGUGGCGCUGGUGGCUGGGUGGGGCUGCGCGUGCGGGUGCAGGAGCUCCGCGGGGGCGAGAUGGUCGGGUUGUUGAGGGGGCAGCAACAGCAGGGGCAGCAGGAACGGCAGCAGCUGUAAGCGGUGGAGCAGGGGAGGGUGUCUCUGCACAGCAGGUGUCUGAAUCCGGUGCUGCUGCUGCUGCUGCUGCUGCCGGCAAUGCUGGUGCCCCGCUGCCGCUGCCGCCGUUGUCCGCCGACCCCUGCUCCGACUUCACCACCUGCGUGUCCAGCCCCGCCUGCUACGAGCACGUGCUGGCGGGGCAGAUGGAGUUCGCGGGGAGCUGGGAGGCUGCCCGCCGCUACGUCACCGCCCACCCCGACACCGUGGACGCCAUUCUGCACUUCCCACAUGCGGAGGAGGGGGAGGGGGAGGCGGGGGCAGGGACAGCGGCAGCAGCAGCAGCCGGGUCGUUGCCCCAGCUGCUGGGCGCCAGCGUGCUGUCUCUCAACCACAGCGACGUGCCCCCCACCCGGCAGCUGCUGGACCUGUUCGAGGUGGUGCCCACGCGGGGGAACGGACUGGCGCUGUACAGGAGGUACUGGUUCUUCACCAACCUGCAGCUCGCAGUCAGCCGGGCGGUCAUCGGAAUGCACCUGGCGGCAGCAGCAGAGGGGGCAGGGGGGGAAGGGGGGACAGGGGGGGCAACCAGCAACACCACCACCAUCGACUCCAGCACCUGCUCCUCCUCGCCCUCCGCCUCCUCCUCCUACCCCGACACUGCCGUACCCGCCCACAUCGCGGUGUCGUACAAGCCCUUCCCCUGGCCCUCCGUGACGGAGGACCUGGGGGCGGCCAGUGCGGCGGUGUUCUUCAACCUGCUGCUGGUGUACGCCUUCCUGGCCCCCACUCGGGCGGUGGUGGGCGACAUAGUGCGGGAGAAGGAGCUGCGGCUGCGGGAGGGCAUGCGGGUGCUGGGUCUGAGUGAGCCCUCCUACUGGCUCUCCUGGGGCCUCACCCACUGGCUGCUGCUGGCACUCAGCGGCGCCCUGUGCACCCUAGCCGGCACCUACCCCUUCGAAAACACAUCACCCUGGAUCAUGCUGUGUUUCUUCUGGUUGUACGGCGCAGCCCUCGUGUCGUACAGCUACUGCCUGUCGACCCUGUUCAGCAGUAGCCGGGUCGCGGGUACGGCAACACAGCUGCUGUACGCGCUGUCCAUGUUGCCGGGGUUCGUACUGCCGACGGUUUAUCAGUACGGCAGCUGGACCUGGUAUGCGGCGUGUUUGGCUCCGCCGUCGGCUGCUUCGUUGUACGCAGCGGUACUUGUGAACUGGGAGAAGGUGGCUGAGGCUGCCCAUCACCCAGACCAACGGAUUCUGCGCUGCGAGCGUGCUGUGGCUGCUGGCGCUGGACGUGGUGUUGUACGGCAUGCUUGCAUGGUACCUGGAUAAGGUGCUACCAAAGUCCUACGGUCAACGGCUGCCUUGGUGGUUUGUGUUUGACCGGCGCUACUGGAGCAGCAGCGGCAGUAGCAGUAGCAGUACCGCCACAACCACUGGCAGCAGCCACCGCAGCCACAGCGGCAGCAGCUCCCGGAACAAGGGCGGACAGCAAGUCAACGGCAACGGUGGCAGCAUGGAGGGAAGCGGCAGUGGCGGCAGGAAGUGGGGGUGGGGGUGGCGGUCGUUCUCCCCUUUCUGGCGUGGCGGCAGCCGCGAGGAAGAAGAUGCGGGGUCACGAGCGGGCUUGGGAGAGCCACUGCUGCAGUCAUCCCGGCGCGCCAGCCUAGCAGGCGACGACACCGCACCUGCCACCACCGCCACCCACCCCGCCGCUGCUACCUCUACCCCCGCUGCGGUGGAGGUUCGGGGCCUUGUCAAGACCUACCGCAGUGCCUCCGGUGGUCCCCCCAAGGUGGCGGUAGCGGGUCUGGACCUGCGGAUUGAGUCGGGGCGCAUCACGGCGCUGCUGGGGCAUAACGGAGCAGGCAAGACCACCACCAUCCACGUGCUAACUGGCAUGCUGCAACCCACGGCGGGCAGCGCAACGGUCAACGGAUUCGAUGUGGCGACUCAGAUGGAUCAGGUCCGCGCCUCCUUGGGCAUCUGCCCCCAGUUCGACAUCCUGUGGCCCGACCUGUCCGUGUACGAGCACCUGCAGCUGUACGGCGCCAUCAAGGGUUACAGCGGGGGGGAGCUGCAUGAGGCAGCCGUCUCCGCUGCCUCCGGCGUGGGUCUGCUGCCCAAGCUGCACUGCCCCGCGGGGGAGCUGAGCGGCGGGCAGCGGCGCAAGCUGAGUGUGGCCAUCGCGCUCAUGGGCGACCCGGCGGUGGUGUUCCUGGACGAGCCCACCUCGGGUAUGGACCCCUUCAGCCGGCGCUUCACGUGGGAUGUCAUCCGGCGGCACCGACAGGGGGCGGCGGUGGUGCUCACAACACACAGCAUGGAGGAGGCCGACCUGCUGGGGGACCGGGUGGUUAUCAUGGCUCGAGGGCGGGUGGCGGCGCAGGGAACCGGCAUGGAGCUCAAGGCGGCCCACGGAGUGGGUUACAACCUAACCCUCGUGAUGGACACCUCCGCCCCCCCGCACCUGCCAGCAGCGGCAGCAGCAGCAGUACAGCAACUGCAGCAACAACAGCAGCCUCACCAAGAACAGUCCUCCUCUGUGCGUGCAGCAGAGGAGGAGGUGGCGGCGCUGCAAGGUGGCGGAAGCGGGCAGCAGGCGGGGGCCCAGCCAGCGGCCGCAGCGGAGGCGCCGCCCGGCACAUCCUCCUCCUCUACUACUCCACGCCGCAGGUCCUCAGAAGGAGGGGGAGGAGGCGCGCCUGCUGCCACCUCCCCCGGCACCUCCUCACCCGUAAUGGAGGCAACUGGGGCACCGGCCAGCAGCGUUGGUAGCAUCACGCGGACCAGUGCCUCCAAAGCAGCAGCAGCAGCAGCUGCCGUCACGAGCUCUGCCGUACAGGUUUUAGAUGCUGUACGGCAGUUCGUGCCGGCUGCGGUGUUAGUCAGCGCCGCGGGGGCGGAGGUGGUUGUACGGCUGCCGCGGGAGGCGGGCGGGGCGUUCCCGGGGUUACUGCGGGCGCUGGACGGACCCAUGGGUCGGCAGCUGGGCGUGGCUAGCUACGGGCUGUCCCUGACGACACUGGAGGAGGUCUUCCUCGCUAUCACAGCGGCCGCGGAUCAGCAAGCCGCAGCAGAGGCUGCCACCGCAACAGCCACCCCUACCGUCACCCCCACCAUCACCCCCACCGUCACCUCCGUCGCCACGGAUGCCGUACAAUUGACGACGGCGGCAGCGGCCGCCGCCACUGCUGCUGGCUCCAUUUCACCGCUCUCGCCGCCCUCAGCAGCAGCGGCGACACCGCCCUCAGCUCCCUCGGCGGCGACUGAUCCUCAACCGCCGCCGCCGCUCCAACCGCCACAACGGUUGCACGGUUGGCGGUUGUACGGCCAGCAGCUGCGAGCCCUGCUCACCAAGAGGGCCCUAUGCGCCCGCCGCGACCGCCUGGCGGUUGUGACCCAACUGCUAGUUCCGCUGGCGCUUGUGUACUUGGCACUGUGGAUCAGCAGCCUGCAGGUCCGAGAGCCCAGCGAGCCCCCGCUGCGCCUCUCCCGCACCACCGCCCUCAUCGCCCGCCCACCCGCCUGGUCCGCUGCGGCCGCACUGCGCAACGACAGCAGCAGCAGCGGAGCAGGAGGGGGAGGCUGUGCAGCAGGUGCUUCAAGGGGCGGCGGUGGAGGAGAGGGAGCAGCAGCAGCAGCCGCAGCAGCCGCAGCAGCGGGCGGAGGGUGUCUAGCGGCGUUCCUCGCAGGGCACCCAGCGGGUGACGUGGCCAUUGACAGCGGCGCGACGGCGCUUUACACCGGUGACCCACGGGUCCGUAACGCCACACUUGAAUCCUACCUCCUGGCUCAUUGGUACGGCGGCGGCAACGGCGGCGGAGCGCCAGUGUACGACGCAAUCCACAUGACGUCGCUGCCGCCACCAGCGGUGUUUGCCGCCGCCGGCGGCGCCACCGCCGCCACUGCCGCCUCCGCCGCAGUCGCCGCGGCGGCGCCGCCGCUGUCCUUCGUACUGCUAACCAACCAAAGCGCGCUGUCGGCCCUGCCGGCGGCGCUAGCAGAUGCGAUGACGGCGGCCCUGUCGUAUAUUGGCACCGGCCUGCCUCCGCCCGCAACACCGUCACCGCCUCCGCUGACUGUGACGGAGGCAGCUGGGGAGCUGCAGCAGCAGCCGCAGCAGCAAGCCGCCAGUCGGCAGCACCUGUUGAGGCGCUUAGCUGCCGCUGCUGACAACGUGCGGCAUGGUGAUGAAAUCGGCCCAGCAUCGGAAACAGCAGCAGCAGCAUCAACCCCCUCUCCCUCCUCCUCCCCCUCCUUCUCCACCGUCAGCUGGCCCAUGCCCACGCUGCCCUUUGAGCCCGUUGCCCGCAUCCAGCGCGACGCCGCCAGCCUCAUGCUGGUUCUGUGCCUGGUGCUGGCGAGCAGUGUGCUGUCGGCGUCAUUCGUGGUGUUCCUGGUCAGGGAGCAGGACAGCAACAGCAAGCACCUGCAGCUGGUCAGCGGCGCGCCGCCCUCCGCCUACUGGCUCGCCAACUACCUGUGGGACUGCGCCGCCUACUGCGCCUCCGCGGCCGGGCUGCUGGCGCUCAUCGGCGCCUACCGACUGCCGCAGUACAGCGGACAGCGGCUGGCGGCGACUGCGGGGCUGCUGGGGGGGUUCGGACCCGCGGGUCUGAGCCUGACGUACCUGCUGCACUUCCUGUUCAGGGACGAGAUGCGCGCCCUGCAGCGCCUGAACACCGCCUACUUCCUGACCGGCUACCUGGGAUUCGUGGCCACUUGGGUCGCCGACCUCAUCCUGAUGAUCGUGCCGCAACCCGGACGACUAGCCGCCUGGAACAGCUCCGUCAAGUGGGCCCUGCGCACCGCCUCCCCACACUACUGUUUCGCAAGGGGAAUGUACGACGUGCAAAACACAUACAACGCGGGGCUAUUCCCCUUUGGCAAACGCGGAAAGCCGUUUGACUGGGAUGUCUUUGGAAGCCCGAUGGCACACAUGGCGGCACAAACCCUGGUGUACGGCACACUUGCAGUACUGUACGACACGGGGUUGCUGUCUGCCGUACAUGCGCGCAUGCAGGAUGGGGUGGCGGCUGUGAUGACGUGGCUUGGGGGCCAGCGGCGGGGUCCUGGCGGGGUUGGUAGCAUGCCGCUUGUGGCGGGGGCGACGGCGGUGAGAGACAAUGGCAGCGGCGGUAGCGGCGGCGGCGUUGGGGGUAACGGAGCAGUUGCUGGGGAUGGCAGUAGGGCGGGCCAGCCCGACACGGAAUGCGGCGGAGAUGCGUACGGCAGCUGCUAUGAGGAUGAUGAUGACGCGGAUGGCGGUUACUGCGAGGAUGUGGAUGUGGGGGCGGAGAGGCGGGCGGUGCUGGCGGGUCGCCGCAGCCACUGCCAGGUGCUGUUGUCCGGUGUGCGCAAGAGCUACCCGCGGGGGCUGUUCCGGCGGCCGCUGGCUGCUGUGCGCGGGCUGUGGCUGGGGGUGCCGGCGGGGGAGUGCUUCGGACUGCUGGGGGUGAAUGGAGCAGGCAAGACCACCACUUUCCGCAUGCUAACUGGCGAGGUGCUGCCCGACGCGGGGGACGCGGCGGUGGGGGGGCGCAGCGUGAGGCGGCAGCUGGCGGCGGCACGGAGGCAGCUGGGCUACUGCCCCCAGUUCGAGGCGCUGCCGGGCGCAAUGACUGGGCGGGAGGUGGUGGCCAUGUACGCCAGGCUGCGCGGAGUCCCCGAGCCCCAAGUGGCCCCCCUGGCACGGCAGCUGCUGCAGCGGCUGGGGCUGGGAGGCGCGGCGGCGGAGGGCGUGUGCGGCGGCUACAGCGGCGGCAUGCGUCGCAAGCUGGGAGUGGGCGUGGCGCUGGUGGGGGAGCCGCCGGUGGUGGCGCUGGACGAGCCCUCCACGGGGAUGGACCCGGGGGGGCGGAGGGGGCUGUGGAGCUGUCUGCAGAGCGAGGUCAUCGGUGCAGGCCGCACCGUCAUCCUGACCAGCCACUCCAUGGAGGAGUGCGAGGCGCUGUGCGGCCGGCUGACCAUCAUGGCGGGUGGCAGGCUGAGGUGCCUGGGGACUCCGCAGCACCUGAAGGGCAGGUUCGGAGGAGGGCCGCCAGGUACGUGUUGGAGCUCAAGACCCUCACGCCGCCCCCCACCCCUAGCUCCGCGCCCCUCACUGGCCCUGCUGCUGGUUCUCUUGGCGAAGAGCUUUUCAGCGGCCGCGGUGGUACUGCUGCCACUGCUGCUGGUGCGGUGGGGGGCGGCGCCGGUGCUGGCGAGGACGGCGGCAGCGGUGCUGCUGGUUCUGGUGGUGCUGCUGCCUCCGCUGCUGAGCUGUUGGGUUGGGUGCGCUCCUUCUGCCCCGAUGCGGUGCUGAGUCACGUGGACCAGCAGCGCUACACGUUUGGCAUACCCAGGUCUGCUGGUCUGGACCUGGCAGCGCUGUUUGAGGCGGUGGAGGCGCAGAUGGCACUGGGAC